UCUCGUCGGUUGGUUUUACGCGCAGAAAUAUCACUGACGUGUCCCCCGUGCGAAGAUCGGCUACGUACGUGCAUACGAUUCAUCGACUUUGCCACGGCAAUUUCGUCUUGCGCAUAGAAUCGACACGUCCGAGAUACCGCCAGUCAUCGGGGUCGUGAGUGAGCGUCUUGUGUAGCGCGUGUGCCGAUCGUCAGCGUCAGAAAGAAUCGUCCAAAGACAGAAGCAGCCGAACGACAGCAAAAUUAUGGCAGCGGUCUUCAACAAUUUUGUAAAUUCCUUCAGCAACAAAUUAAAUGCACCAGUCAGACAACACUUGAAGAAUGUCUAUGGUUGCUUGUCGCUGUCCACCGUGUCAGCGGCUGCAGGAGCUUAUGUACAUAUGUAUACGCAGCUCCUGCAGGCUAAUCUGUUGACAACUUUUGGUACCCUGGGUCUUCUUAUUGCACUAAUGACAACACCUGAUAAUGGUAAAAAUCAAAAGCUGCGCCUCAGUUACCUCCUGGGAUUCGCAUUCUUAUCUGGCCUUGGAUUAGGUCCCUUGCUAGAAAUGGUAAUCAGCAUAGAUCCGAGUAUAGUGGUAACAGCGUUAGUUGGUACGACGGUAGUUUUCGUCUCCUUCAGCAUUUCUGCACUUUUGGCUGAACGUGGUCGUUGGUUGUAUCUCGGGGGCACCUUAAUGAGCAUGCUUAACAUCAUGAUUCUGUUCUCCUUUGCCAAUCUGUUCUUGCGCUCGACUUUCAUCUAUCAAGCGCAUUUGUAUCUGGGACUAUUUGUGAUCUGCGGCUUUGUUAUCUAUGACACGCAAUUGAUUAUCGAGAAACAUCAUAUGGGCAGUAGAGACUUCAUCAUGCAUUCCUUGGACUUAUUCAUCGAUUUUAUUGGCGUUUUUCGACAUCUCCUUGUGAUACUUACGCAAAAGGAACUGUCCAAGGAGUCACGCAAGCGUAAAGAUUGAGCAAAGAGAAACGAAUGGUUGCGGUGCGCAUUCAAGUAAAUCCAUAAACUAGAGGUCUUCAUGUAAUCUAUCCAUACUUAGGUAUCUGUGUGUACAUAUACAUACCGAAAAAUUAUAUAAAUACCAAUACUACACGUCAUACACAUAUAUAUAUAUAUCUCUUUAGCUAACGUGAUAUAUUACGGAACUCUAUAAAUAUAUUUAUCAUAAUAAAAAGAGAAAAAGGAAAAUGUUAAAUACAGUUUGUUUAAGAAAUUCGGCUUCUCUUGAGUCCGAUUACAGGCGAAGACGUAUUUAUU